CCUGCCCGAAGCAGUGCCUGAUUAAUUUCUGCAGAUAUGUUGCGAUAUGUGACUACAUUCUCUUGUUUUAAAUAAAUUAUAGGCGUGUAGUUUAUAUGUCGUUCUCUCAACUGGAAUGGUUUGUGCGCUCAAUUGAUAUAUAGUAAAGGGAUUCAGGCACCAGGGACAGCCCUACAUGUGUUGCCGGCUUGGUAGUGAGAAUUGCGUGAGCUGGUGCGGGCCGGUGUAGUGAUUACAGAACCAUGCCGACUGUCAGUGUAAAGAGGGAUCUGCUGUACCACGCUUUGGGCCGCACUUACACUGAUGAAGAAUUUGAUGAACUCUGCUUUGAAUUUGGCCUAGAGUUGGAUGAAAUUACCUCAGAACGUGAGAUUAUCAGCAAGGAGAAGGGUGAUGUAAAGGCAGAAGGUGCCUCCGAUGUUAUUCUAUUUAAGAUUGAUGUACCUGCCAACCGCUAUGACCUUCUGUGCAUAGAGGGGCUGGUGCGGGGGCUACAGGUCUUCAAAGAAAGGUUAGAAGCACCAAGGUACAAGAGGAUCACUCCAUCAGAUCAAGGGCUGCAGAGACUUUUCAUCACAGAGGAGACUGCUGUAGUUCGCCCCCAUGCAGUGGCUGCAGUACUCCGGAACAUUACAUUUACUCAGGAACGAUAUGAUAGUUUCAUUGAUCUGCAGGAGAAGCUUCACCAGAACAUCUGCAGGCGGAGGACUUUGGUGGCAAUUGGCACACAUGACCUGGACACUAUCUCUGGCCCAUUUGUAUACACAGCUAAACCACCUGCAAGUAUUAAAUUUAAGGCCUUGAACCAAAGCAAGGAGUUAACAGCCCCAGAGCUAAUGGACCUGUACAGAACUGACAGCCAUAUGAAGCACUAUCUGCACAUUGUUGAGGAUAAGCCUGUUUAUCCAGUAAUCUAUGACCGCAACGGAGUGCUGCUGUCCAUGCCGCCGAUCAUCAAUGGGGAUCAUUCAAGAAUCACCUUAAAUACUCGCAACGUAUUCAUUGAAUGCACCGCAACUGAUUUGACAAAGGCCAAAAUAGUCUUGGAUAUUAUGGUCACCAUGUUUAGUGAAUACUGUGCUGAACCAUUCACUGUAGAGGCAGCAGAAGUUAUUCAGCCAGAUGGAUCGACUUCUAUUUACCCAGAACUGGCGUACAGGAAGGAAGUGGUACCUGCUGAGAAGAUGAACUCUAAAAUUGGAAUCAGUGAAACACCCUCCAACCUGGCAAAGCUUCUUACACGCAUGUGCCUAAAGUCUCACGUGCUGGAAGAUGGGGAGCAGAUAGAAAUAGAGGUGCCCCCAACAAGAGCAGACAUUAUCCAAGCCUGUGACAUUGUGGAGGAUGCUGCUGUUGCUUAUGGGUUCAAUAACAUCAAGAUGGUUAUUCCUAAAACUUACACAAUAGCCAACCAGUUUCCACUCAAUAAACUCACUGAGUUACUGCGCCAGGACCUGGCUGCUGCUGGAUUUACAGAAGCCCUGACAUUCGCUCUGUGCUCUGUAGAUGAUAUCUCUGAUAAGCUCGGGAUACCAGUCUCUGCCACUAAAGCUGCACAUAUCUCCAACCCUAAAACAGCUGAAUUUCAGGUGGCUCGCACAACUCUUCUCCCAGGCCUGUUGAAAACCAUUGCAGCCAACCGUAAAAUGCCCUUGCCUCUGAAGCUGUUUGAGAUCUCUGAUGUGGUUGUAAAGGAUCCCACUAAAGAUGUGGGUGCCAGAAAUUAUCGACAUCUGUGUGCAGUUUACUACAACAAGUACCCUGGAUUUGAGGUGAUACAUGGCCUCCUGGACCGAACCAUGCAACUGCUGGCACUGUGCCCGGGGGAGACAGGGUACCAGAUCAAAGCAGCACAAGAUCCAGCCUUUUUUCCUGGUCGCUGUGCCGAGAUCUUGGUUAAUGAGCAGAUUAUAGGCAAACUGGGUGUCCUGCAUCCUGAUGUCGUCACUAAAUUCGACCUGACCUUACCGUGCUCUGCGCUUGAGAUCAACGUGGAGCCUUUCCUGUGAUGUCUCUUUUGUACUACCCUGCUUUAUCUGCACAACCACUCCUCUGGCAAGAUACUUUUUAAAUAGAGCAGCCUCAUGUAAUUUAUUAGGAGCAACAUAUUUCCAGGCAUCAUUCUAAAUACUAUUGACAUGAUGUGAGCUUACUGAGUUCUUGACAGUAAUCUGUUUGGUUUAAUAAUGCCACUUUGGCCCUUGAUUGACUGAAGUGUAAGAGCCAGUACAUUUGCCUGUGAUCAAACAGUAGUUACCUACUCAGCACCACAUCACAGGCACAACUUUGGCUAUAGCUUAGCUUGGUUAUGAUAAAAUUGAGAACCGUUUAUUGUAACUGAGCUUCUCUUUGUGACUUCAAUGUGACUACUCACAGCAGUCAAAUCAUUGUCAAAAGGCUUUGAUAAAUAUUCCAAUUAGUUAAACUUUCCUGACUCCGUCUGGAUUCCUCAGUUUAAAGUUCCAAACUAUAAUGCCCCUUAUAUAUAAGUUAUAUCCUUUGUGGUCACUUCCACCAGAAUAAGAAAGUCAACAUGGGUCCCAGCUGUAUUGUAGAAUCAAUAUCCCUAGCUGCCCUGAGGCACUGCUGCUUAUUGGCUGAGGGAACAAUACUCUCUUUCACAGCUUUAGUUUAGUUCUCACCUAAAUGCAGUCAUAUUAAUCUUUAGAGAAGUCAUUAUAAGAGGUCCACCUGUGCUAAUGAUAAAAACAAGCACCCCUGGUGGUCCUUGAAGCCUGGGAUUUGAGCCAUUGAUCUUUUGCUUUACAGAAGAAGCAGCUGAAAGUGGUGGUUAUAGGUUGCUCAACUGUUCAGACAACUAUAAACCCAUUAAUGGGAAAGUUAGAAGGCAUUUAUCUCAGUGGGAAACCGCAGAUGAGGUGCUUUGUUAUGGCACUGAUUACCAGGAAGAUUUUGCAUGUAGGCUGUACCAUCUGUACCUGUUUCAGAACAAGACUGCACAUCAGACUAUUAUUUACAAGGAUUUACAGACAGUCAAGGUUUUUGGUGACUGAUUUAUGAUGGACUUGGCUGUUCUUAAUGACAGUCAGAAACAAUAUCUGGCAAAUGAUGGCACUGGAGCUAUGUGCUCUUGGCCUUAUCCUGAUUGCUGUAGCCAUCAAGAGGCCUGGUCAGUCUAUGCUGUUGCACAUAUUAAUAAAAGACUAUGGCCUGGGCCUUUUUUCUAUUUAAAAAUGUACCUUGUCUAAAACGCAAAUGCUAUACCAGUGAAAUCACUUGAAAAUGAUGCUCUUCAGUCACAUCAUAUUUUUUUUUUUAACUGCAUAACCACAACAUUUAGUGUGAAUGAGGUCCAGGAUGUUGCAAACCUGAAAUCUUAUACUUCUGUAUUUAUUCUUACAUCAUGAGGUGCAAAAUAAACAAAGUUGUUUAAU